UUACUAGUGCAUAUGCUUCCUUACCCUCUUCUCUACUUGUUUGCACUCCUGUUCCUCUUAUCUGGUUUUUAUACUUUGAGACUGUUCUUUAUUAGUUAUUGUUUUUGCCCCCCCCAGAACAAAAUUGAACUAUAAUCCUCCCAAGGAUGAUGGAUCUACAUAUAAGAUUGAACUUGAAGGGAUAUCUGUUGAAAUCAUGAGAGAGAUACUGGAUUACAUCUUCAGUGGGCAGAUCAGGCUAAAUGAAGACACUAUCCAAGAUGUUGUGCAAGCAGCUGAUCUCCUGCUUCUUACAGAUCUUAAAACUCUCUGCUGUGAGUUUUUAGAAAGUUGUAUAGUUGCUGAGAACUGUAUUGGUAUUCGGGACUUUGCACUGCACUAUUGUUUGCGUCACGUUCACUACCUUGCCUCAGAAUAUCUGGAAACUCACUUCCGAGAUGUCAGCAGCACAGAGGAGUUCCUGGAACUGAGUCCCGAAAAAUUGAAAGAAGUGCUGUCUCUGGAAAAGCUGAAUGUUGGAAAUGAAAGAUAUGUAUUUGAAGCAGUAAUUAGAUGGAUCUCCCAUGAUUCAGAAUUAAGAAAGGUUCACCUGAAAGAUGUCAUGUCAGCAGUAUGGGUUUCAGGAUUAGAUUCAAUUUAUUUGCGUGAGCAGAUGAUGAGCGAACCAUUGGUACGGGAGAUUGUCAAAGAAUGUAACAACAUUCCACUCACUCCACCACAGCAAGGGGAGGCAAUGCUGGCUUCUUUCAAACCCAGAGGUUAUUCCGAGUGCAUAGUGACUGUUGGGGGGGCAGAGAGAGCGUCACGGAAACCAACAGCUGUGAUGCGAUGCAUGUGUCCUCUUUAUGAUCCUAAUAGGCAACUCUGGAUUGAACUUGCCCCUAUGAGUACUCCAAGGAUCAACCAUGGCGUACUCUCAGCAGAAGGAUUUUUGUUUGUACUUGGAGGUCAAGAUGAAAAUAAGGAUACUCUGAGCUCUGGAGAAAAAUACGAUCCUGAUACCAAUUCAUGGAGUUCCUUACCACCAAUGAAUGAGGCACGACAUAAUUUUGGUUUGGUAGAGAUUGAUGGAAUUCUGUAUAUUCUGGGAGGUGAGGAUGGAGAAAGGGAGCUAUCCUCUAUGGAGUGUUAUGACAUUUAUAACAAGACCUGGACCAAGCAGCCAGAUCUGACCAUGGUUAGAAAGAUUGGCUGCUAUGCAGCUAUGAAGAAGAAAAUCUAUGCCAUGGGCGGAGGCUCCUAUGGAAAACUGUUUGAAUCUGUUGAGUGCUAUGACCCUAGGACUCAGCAAUGGACUGCCAUCUGUCCACUAAAAGAGAGAAGAUUUGGGGCAGUGGCAUGUGGAGUUGCCUCAGAGCUUUAUGUAUUUGGUGGAGUCAGAAGUCGUGAUGAUAAUCAGGCCACUGAGAUGGUGACAUGCAAAUCUGAAUUCUAUCAUGAUGAGUUUAAAAGAUGGAUUUAUCUGAAUGAUCAGAACUUGUGCAUUCCAGCCAGUUCUUCCUUUGUAUAUGGAGCUGUACCUAUUGGGGCCAGUAUUUAUGUGAUUGGAGAUCUUGAUACAGGUACCAAUUAUGACUACGUUAGAGAGUUUAAAAGGAGCACAGGAACUUGGCACCAUACAAAGCCAUUAUUUCCAUCAGACCUUCGCCGCACUGGCUGUGCAGCCUUGCGGAUUGCAAAUUGCAAGCUUUUCCGACUGCAGCUUCAACAAGGAUUGUUCCGUAUUCGUGUUCCUUCCCCAUGACUAGUCCUCUGAAAAUGGAGGAGAUGGGAAGAACCCAACACAGUUCACCAUAACAUGGCUUUAUAUAAGGAAAAACAAAGCUAUUGCAACUGAAACUUAUAUUACAUGCUGUGCUUUGGUAUGGUAACUGUUUUUGUUUGUUUUAAAAUGCUUAAAAACUUGAGUCUUAGCUCUUGUUUGGGGGAGCUGUAUAUUAAAAUGAAAAAAGUACCAUGACCACAAGAACACCUUCAGUCCAGUCUAGAAAAUUAAACUACUAAUGAAGGAGUUCCUUGUGUCUGAAGCAGGAAGGAAUUGUAUUUUAAAAAAAAAAAAAAAAAAGGUGCAUUUCCCCUGAGGGGAAUU